AUGGCUGGAGUGAGAAAAUUGGAUGGCAAGAUCGUAAUUAUAACAGGCGGAGCCAGUGGUAUUGGAGCCGAAGCAGUUAGGUUGUUCACGGACCACGGAGCUAAGGUUGUCAUCGUUGACUUACAAGAAGAGCUUGGUCAAAACGUCGCCGUUUCGGUCGGACAAGACAAAGCUACUUUUUACCGUUGCGAUAUCACAAACGAGACGGAAGUGGAGAACGCCGUUAAGUUCACCGUCGAAAAGUAUGGGAAGCUUGACGUUAUGUUUAGUAACGCCGGUGUCAUGGAGAUGUUGGGAAGUUUCCUCGACUUGGAUCUCGAAUCUUUUGACCGAACCAUGGCGGUCAACGUUCGCGGCGCAGCUGCGUGUAUCAAACACGCAGCGCAUGCCAUGGUGGAGAAAGGAACGCGCGGGUCAAUCGUGUGUACAACGAGCGUUGCCUCGGAGAUCGGCGGUUCGGGACCUCACGCGUACACGGCGUCGAAACACGCGCUUCUCGGGUUGGUUAAGUCGGCUUGUGGCGGGCUUGGGAAGUACGGGAUAAGAGUUAACGGGGUUGCACCGUACGGGUUGGCAACAAGGAUGACUAGCCACGACGAGGAAACGGCGAAGUUUGUGGAGGGAUAUUGCGCCACCACGGCUAUUCUCAAGGAUAUUGUGCUUAAGACUCGCCACGUGGCGGAGGCGGCUUUGUUUCUAGCUUCGGAUGAUUCGGCUUACGUUAGCGGCCAGAAUCUAGCCGUUGACGGUGGUUUUAGCGUCGUUAAACCAAUGGCCAUGUGA